AAAAUCAUGGGGAGACCUCCUUGCUGUGACAAGCUGAAUGUGAAAAGAGGGCUUUGGACAGCAGAGGAAGAUGCAAAGAUCCUUGCUUAUGUAUCCAAGCAUGGAACUGGAAACUGGACUGCGCUUCCCAAGAAAGCAGGACUUAGGAGAUGUGGAAAGAGUUGUAGGCUUAGGUGGACUAAUUACUUGAGGCCUGAUCUGAAGCAUGACAGCUUCACACCCCAAGAAGAGGAGCUCAUUGUCAGGCUUCAUGCAGCAAUAGGCAGCAGGUGGUCCAUUAUAGCUCUACAGCUUCCAGGGAGAACAGAUAAUGACGUGAAGAACUACUGGAACACGAAGCUGAGAAAGAAGCUCUCUGAAAUGGGGAUAGACCCCGUUACUCAUAAGCCAUUCUCUCAAAUUCUAGCUGACUAUGGAAAUAUUGGUUGCCUCCCAAAAUAUGGAACCAGAAUUGGGUCUCUCACUAGAGACCUUAAGAAUGCUUUCAUCUCCAAACCUGCGGAGCCAACAGAAGGAAUUAUUACAAACAUCAGCAACCAUUUGGUGCCCCCUAAAUUGGAACCAAUCCAUGAAUGUUUCUUCAACAGUAAAAACACUAUCAGCACUGAUGCUAAUAGCAACCAUUCGUUGGAUCUUCUUGAUCAACUUCAAGCUAUAAAACUGGUGACAGAAGUCUCGAGUUGCUCCAACUGUGAGACCAUCUCAGAUCAUUUCUUUAAAGAAGGCUCAUUGUCAUCAUUAUCAUCAUCAUCGUCUUCUUCUUCUUCCACUUGCUCAACUGCAAACCAAGAAAAAUCAGCAGUAAACUUUAGUUGGCGUGAUUUUCUUCUCGAAGAUGCAUUUCUUCCGAGUGAUCAUCCACAAGAACAAGAGAAUGCGAUGGAGCUUUCAUCCAAGGACUUAACUAACCAAGCACAAAAUGUGAUACCGCAAGGCCAAAUUGGUUGCGAGGUCACUGUGUCUGAAAGAGACAAUGUUGGAGUUGAACGAACAGAAUUGGCAAUUCCCAGCAGUAGCUUCCAAAUCCCAUCUUCCUCUAGUGCUUCAUUCGUGGAAGCCAUGUUACAUCAAGGAAACAAGAAUUUCUUGGAUUUCCCCAACCUAGUAGAGGAACCAUUCUCCUACUAAGUUUAUUACUUCCAAGUCAACAAGUAAAGCAGACCUCGUAAUAAGCUAUAGAUUUUUUUUUUUCAUGAGAUGACAGGGCAUUUUAAUGGGUUCUUGUUUCAAUUUCCAGUGGACAUUACA